GUGAUGGGUGAUGUAGUUUAAUGCAUAGAGCGUUCACGACAGACGGACUUUACGGCAGUCCCUGAACUACAAACACGCAGUCGCAGUUUGCUGACCUUCCGUGGUACUCAAGCAAGCAUGGCUGCCCGGGCACUUACGAAAGGGCUUUGGGCGCUACGACAGUCCAGAGCUGUUACAAUCGGAUACCCCGCUUCUGGACAUUUCUACGGCACCGAGGCAGCUGUCAAAUCACCUCAACUACAAGUUGAGGAUGCUUCAGAAAGGAUAAUGACCCUGCCACUCGAGAAGCCUGACUUCUUUCGUGUGUCGGAGCUCUUCUCGGUCAAAUCCCUGUUCGAGGCCAGGGUGCAUCUUGGACAUAAGAAGGGCUGCAGACACAGGCUCAUGGAACCAUACCUGUAUGGCUGCCGAUUGGAACAAGAUAUUAUUGAUCUGGACCAGACCAUGGAGCACCUUCAGCUGGCCCUGAACUUCACUGCACAUGUAGCGUAUCGGGGGGGCGUCAUACUGUUUGUCAGCCGCCAGCGUCAGUUCAGCCAGCUGGUGGAGAGCACUGCUAAGGGAUGUGGGGAGUACGCUCACACCCGUUACUGGCAGGGCGGCCUCCUCACCAACGCCCCGAUCCAGUACGGCCCUGGGGUCCGCCUGCCAGACCUCAUCGUCUUCCUCUCCACUCUCAACAAUGUGUUUCAGCAGCACGUGGCAAUCAGAGAUGCAGCAAAGAUGAACAUUCCUACAAUUGGAGUGAUUGACUCAAACUGCAACCCCAGCCUGUUGACGUACCCCGUGCCCGGCAAUGAUGACACACCUAUUGCCAUGGAGUUGUACUGUCACUUAUUCAAGAUGGUUAUCAAUCGUGCUAAGGACAAAAGGAAACGCAUGGAGCUACUGCCGUCCGCUGCUCCUCUUAAUGCCUCUGAAUUAUUGGGAAAAAAAUCUAACUAGUGUUUUGGGGGAAAAGCAAGAAUGCUGUCUUAUGUUAAGGGUUGCAACUCAAAAUUCAAAUUAUUUUAAUAAUCGAUUAAUCUGCCACUUCUGGACUAUAAAUUGUAAGAACAUUUUUAAAAAUGCCCAUUCCAGUUUCUCAAGAUGUCAUGUUUUGUCAGUCAAUAACCCAAAAGUAUUCCGUUUAAUUUAAUAUAACAGAAUAACGGACAACAUUUGAAAGGCUGGAAAAAGCAUUUUUGCCAUUUUUGUAAAUUACCUAAGAAAUUAAUCGAUUAUCAGAAUAUUUCUCUGUAGAUUCACUAAGCGUUGCAACUCCACUAAUGUUAAGACUGAAGUUGUGUGUAUGUUAUUAUUAUUAUUAAAGGAAUCUUUUUGUUACGUAUGGUCUUCUGGUUUUAAUUUAAUAACCUACUGUAUUUUUGUAGACCUUCACUGUUUUGCAUCUCUGACUAAACAAUGAAUUUUGUCUACUGCCAUAAUCUAAAUUCUUGUGUUGCUGUUGUGAAAGUGUCAAAUUACUUUAGAAACUCCUGUUAUAGUUUCCCAGGUACCAGAAAGAUUCUGUUCAAAUUGCUUGAUUUAUCUACCCAUUGCUGUAAAAUGCUUAAUAAAAGGAUAUAAAGGGAAA